AUGGCAGACGAGGUGGAUGUUGUUGACAUCGAGGGAGAUGAAUGUGACGAAAGAGUCGGGGACCUGAACAGUGCUGAGAUUCUCCAGGAUCAGUAUUUACAGUCUGCUUGGAAGACGAACAGCAGUAUACUGCCGUGGACGCUGGACAGCUCCAUCAGUGAUGAGAACAGACAGGCCAUUGAGAGCAUGCUGCUGGAGGAACAACGCACCUGCCAAAGCCCCUCCUCUAAUGAGACCUCAGACACCGCGCUGCUCCCCUCGUCCCAGCCUCAUGUGUCGGCCCUGACCAACGCUGUGCGCAUCGAGCAGCUUUCUGACGAUGAAGAUGUUGACAUUACCGAUGGCGUUAGCGGCAGCGGCCUUCAGUCAGAAAACCAGCUAGAGUCCCCAGAGUGCAACCACAAAGAAGAACUCAGUCCACCGCCACCUCCAUCAGGCGUAAGACUGAAUCAGGUGAAAGUCCUGAGGGACGAGGAGGAGGAAUACCAGGAGGAAGAAGAAGAGGAGGAGGAGGAGGAGGAGCUCAGAGCACCUGACCAGGAGGUUCUUCUGGACCUAAACACCAUUACAGAGGAGGAGAAGCAAGCCAUCCCAGAAUUCUUUGAGGGGCGUCCGGAAAGUAAACCAAAGUACCUGAACAAGACAUCAGUGCGCCCAGGACUGAAGAAUUGUGGGGAUGUCAACUGCAUCGGUCGGAUACACACCUACCUGGAGCUCAUUGGAGCUAUUAACUUCAACUGUGAUCAGGCGAUCUAUAACCGUCCACGGCUGGUUGAUCGCUCUCGGCUGAAGGAAAACAAAGACAGCCUGGAGGCGUAUCAUCUUGCCCAGAGACUUCAAUCUAUGCGCACAAGGAAGCGGCGCAUUCGGGACAUGUGGGGGAACUGGUGCGAUGCUAAAGAUCUAGAGGGUCAGACGUAUGAGGAGCCGUACAAAGUGAUAGUUUGUGCUGAGGCUCUUGUUGUCAUGGAUAUACAUGCUCAUGUAUCGAUGGGAGAGGUGAUUGGCCUUUUAGGAGGAACAUAUGAAGAGGAAGAGAAGGUGUUAAAGAUCUGUGCAGCAGAGCCAUGUAACAGCUUGAGCACAGGUCUGCAGUGUGAGAUGGACCCCGUCUCUCAGACCCAGGCAUCAGAGCUGCUCGGGGUCAAAGGUCACAGUGUGGUGGGAUGGUACCACUCUCAUCCAGCCUUCGACCCCAACCCCUCCCUCAGAGACAUUGACACUCAGGCCAAAUACCAGAGUUAUUUCUCUCGAGGAGGUGCUCCGUUCAUCGGGAUGAUUGUCAGCCCGUAUAACUCCAGUAACCCGUCUCCCCUGUCUCAGACCACCUGCCUGCUGGUCCAGGAGGAGACCGGACCCUCUGGACCUCAGAGGUUUCCGUAUCGAUUUAACAUCCAGCAUUCAUCCGAGCUCCCUGAUUGGUCAGAAGUGAUGAGAAGAGCAGAAUGGGUGGUGUUCAAGUACAGGCUGUCUCAUGGGAGCGUACCAAUGGACAGGCUCUUCCGCAGAGACUCUUCUCUGACUUGCCUAGAAAAGGUAAUCAUCUCAUCUCUUCACAUCACACCCACUCACGGACCAGUGUAUAUUGCACGUGAAAAUCGCAAAAGAUUUCAGGCUAGCUGGAUGCUUGCAUCAAUCCGGAGGACUUUGGAGCAGGUCUCAGAGAUAGACAUAGAGACUUUCCUGGUACAGAUAGAAAGCUUGUUUAAAACACAUUUUCUCCCCGAAACUGGCUCUUCCUCCUGUCAUCUUCUUGAAACAGUAAGGCAGCCAGAGUUACUGUCUUUCGUCUCCUCCGAGCCAAUCAGCAGCAGCCAUGCCACGGAUGAUACGUGCGUUACCGAAUCUGACAGCCCUGAUGAAGAAGAGGACGCUGCCGUUACACAGUCUGUCGGAGCAGAAACUGUGUAA